GCGAGACUUGUGCUUGGGAGGUUGGAGGCGAAGUUUCUUGCUGGGUAGGUUGGAAGGGCGCUUAUUUUUUACUCGCGUGUUUUGGGAGGUGGUGUAGAAGCCGAGCAGCGCGCUUUCGCCUUUGGGGAGGCCCGCCGUUGGUCUGCGGUCUCCAGGGCGGGAUUGGCGCCUCGGCCUGCGCUGCCGCCGCGGGUCGCACCGCCCCAGAACCGCGGCGUGGGACUUUGGAAUGCCGGGGUAGGUUAGGGAGUUGGCGUCUGGUUAGGUCUCCCUCGUCAGCUCCAGAGCGCCCACCCCGGGGCGAGGGAGAGGGGCCGGGCCGGCUUGAGCACGGAGCCUGCAGGGCGGAAGUGUGUGUCCAACAGGUGGGGACACGCGCGUCCCCUCCUGGGGUGAGGCGCCACCUGAGGGACCGGGCACAAGCUAGGUGGCACCCUGGUCUUCAGAGGCCGACCCUCACUCACCGCGAUCGCGGACAGAGCGUGGGGGAAGAGCCGGGUUGUUGGGCCAGCUCUGUAUAAGGAAGGAGGUAAGACCCUGGAGAAAGUGGGUUCGCGCGGAGGGCAGCUCACGGGCGCAGACGGGACGGGACGGGACGGGAGAGCGUCCGGGCUGCCCUUGCACGGUGCCUGGUAGGAAGAGGAGCGCAACGUGUUCUAGGACCUGAAGGAAGGCAGGGUGUGUGGAGCGCAGGUAGAGGAUGGAGACGGAGGCAGACCGGAACCGGACCGGGUCCUGCAGACUGAAGCAGGCUUGGCCUCGGGCUGUUCUAAAAACUGGAAAGGCCAGAUGGAUAGCUUUAAAAGGUGCUUACAAGACAAAGAAAAAGAAGAAAGAAACUGAUGGCAGGCAUAAAAUGGAAAUAGAAUCAAGCAGAUUUGACAUCCUCACUCCCAUUUUUGACAAGAAGUACUCUGUAUAUAAAGAAAGACCCCAGAAACAAGCCCACGAAAGUUUCAGAGACAUCACUCUGGCAAGUGACCACCCUCAAAUAAGUAAGAAAAAAAGGAAGGAUUUCCAGCUUCUCGUUUCUUCUCUGAAAAUACCAGAAACCUUCGCUAAGAGUGAAAAAGCUGCUUCUAUAAAUAAAAAGAAGAUAAAUAGCACUUUGAGGGUAGACAGAGAAGCAGAUGUUAUGUGUGUCUUUGUGGGUAAAGAAAAUAUUGAGAACAUGCCGAAGGAUUUUAAGAAGGACGCGGAUGUCAUUUAUGUUGAUGCAAGCGAGGCGCAAAAGUCAGCGGAAGGUCGUAAAACAGACAGGCUGCAUUUCAUUGCUGACUCAAAUAGAAGUGAGCCAGUAGAACUGUGUAAUGAAGUUGGGAGGAAGAAGAAUAAAAACUAUCAGAGGAAAACCAAAUCCUGGGAUGCUAGGAGGGAAAGCCAGCCUGACACUGUCUCUCAGCCCCAGCUGGGGUCACAGGAGCAGCCGUCCUUGCUGUCUGUAGAUCGAGAAGGUGAAAUCACAGAGCUACCAGAAUCUGUUGAUAAAAAGAAGGCUAAGAAGAAAUUGUUCAGGAACCAGGGACCAGGGUCCUUGACCAGGCCUGAGAGUCCUGGUCACGAGCUCCCUGAGGAAUCGCAAGGGGUCGGCAGGGUCAGGGCCAGGGAAGGCAAUGGUGCACUUAAAAGGACCAAGGAAUCCCAAAGUAUAAAGAAAAAAUGUAAGAAAAGGAAGCGUGUGUCUGUGGAGAGCGCCGAGGCAUCUGGUGAUGACGUCCCGGGGCAUGCGGAGGAGCCUGAGAACACGCUGUUGCACUCGGAACAAGACAGUCCCACCUGGACUGCAGGAAAUGUGAAACGCAGGCCCCAGAAGGAGUCCCGCAAGCACCUGCCCUUGCUGUCUGUGGAUCGAGAAGGUGAGAUCACAGAGCUGCCAAAAUCUGCCAAGAAAAAGAAGGCUAAGAAAAAAAAGAAAUUGUCCAGUCCCCAGGAACUGGGGACCUUGACCAGACCUGAGAGUCCUGGUCACGAGCUCCCUGAGGAAUCGCAGGGGCUCUGCAGGGUCAGGGCGAGAGAAGGCUGUGAUCUGUUUAAAAGGGUCAAGGUAAAGAACCGUUCUAAGAAGAGGAAGCGUGUGUCUGUGCAGAGCACCUUGGCAUGUGGUGAUGACCCCUGGAGAUGCGCUGAGCACUGUGCGAAUCCACUCCCUGACUCAGCAGCUGGCAGCUGUGUCUUGGUUGAGGAAACUGUGAAGGAGAAAACCCAGGAGGAGGAAAGCCAGGCCUCUUCAGGAGGGAAGCGCGUGGAAGACGCGUGGAGGUCAGAACCGCCAGAUGAAGAAGAAAGCAAUGUGGAAUUGGCUGGUGAGUCUGUAAGAUUGGAAUCUGAAGAUGGGAGAGAUUCCGACCAUUCAGAUGUGGAUCUGCAUGCUGCUGUGAGGCAGCUCCAGGAGUUCAUUCCUGACAUAAAGCAAAGGGCGGCCACGACAAUUAAGCGCAUGUACCACGAUGACCUGGAGCGCUUUAAAGAAUUCAGAGAGCAAGGUGUUGCUAUUCGAUUUGGCAAGUUCUCUGCUAAGGAAAACAAGCAGAUAGAGGAAAACGUGCGGGAGUUCCUCUCACUGACGGGGAUCGAGAGCGCAGACAAGCUGCUGUACACGGACAGAUACCCGGAGGAAAAGGCUGCCAUCACGGAUUUGAAAAGGAAGCACGCCUUCCGGAUGCACAUCGGGAAAGGCAUUGCACGGCCCUGGAAACUCGUGUACUAUCGAGCAAAGAAGAUCUUUGACGUCAACAAUUACAAAGGGAGAUACAGUGAAGGGGACACUGAGAAGCUGAAGGCCUGCCAGUCCCUCCACGGCAAUGACUGGAAAAAGAUUGGGGCGCUGGUGGCCCGGAGCAGUCUGUCCGUCGCCCUGAAGUUCUCCCAGAUCCGUAAUAAAAGAAAUCAUGGCGUUUGGAGUAAGGCAGAGACCCAGAAACUCAUCAAGGCUGUCGAAGAAGUGAUUCUAAAGAAAAUGUCUCUGCAGGAGUUAAAUGAAAUGGAUUCUGAGCUCCAAGAACAUCCCGACAGUCGCCUGUCAAUUGUUCGGGAAAAACUCUACAAGGGCAUAUCGUGGGUAGAAGUGGAAGCCAAGGUGGAGACCAGAAACUGGAUGCAGUGCAAAAGUAAGUGGACAGAAAUCCUAACCAAGAGAAUGACUAGCGGUGGCUGUGUGUACCGCGGCGUCAGCGCUCUGCAGGCCAAAAUCAACCUGAUUGAGAGGUUAUAUGCAAUAAAUGUGGAAGAUGCUAACGAAAUAGAUUGGGAAGAUCUUGCUAGCGCCAUUGGUGAUGUACCUCCAUCUUACGUUCAAACUAAAUUUUAUAAGUUGAAAGCUGCCUGCGUUCCCUUUUGGCAGAAAAAGACUUUCCCAGAGAUCAUCGACUACCUUUAUGAAACUAGUCUACCUUUGUUUAAAGAAAAGUUACAAAAGAAGAUGAAAAAAAGUGGCACCAAAAUCCCAACACCUGCAGCACCCAAGCAGGUGUUCCUGUUCAGAGACAUCUUUUAUUGUGACGAUGACAGUGAGGAAGAAGACGUAGAAGAACAGAGUUAAGGCCAGGUUACCGUUUCCGGUCCUCUCGGUGGCAUGGUAUUUAUAUGUGUGUGUCAGCUUUCCAGAACUGCAGCACAGUAUCUGAGACGUGAUGCCCCCCAAAGGAAAGCUUUAUGCCAGCCUGUGGUAUGAAUUGCAGUGGGACAAAGGAGCCUGCAGGGGAAGGUCACCACGGGGGGAGCCGCGCCAGCACCGUGUGCCUUUCGGCGGCUCUGCAAGUCCAGCCCGUCCUCUGCUGCUGCUGCCGCUGCCCUUGCACCCUGCCCACCUGUGUCCUUUCACUGCCACUGCCAGCGUGGGCACCUGUGUCCCCAGGGGCUCAACAACAGCUGCCUUCUAGUCUCCAGGACUUCGCACACACCACCCCUGGUGGAGUCCUGCAGCAAGGGACUGUGGGAAAUAAGGUCCCAGGCUCCUGAGCCACGCACGUUGGAGAGCACAGAGAAACUUCGCAGACAGCGACAUCACCACCAUGAGUACCAAGAUGCAGCUCCACUGUCACCUGGCUGCCCUCUGAUGCCACUUAGCCCUGCUGUGAUAUUAGGACGUUCGUGUACAGGACUAAGGGUGAAUUAGGCCAUGACUGUCCGAGGCUCGCUCACCUCUGUCCCGAGUGCCUGUCACAGUGUCCCACAGACAGUAGACGUUCAGUAAAUACUGUCUUCUUACUGAGCGUUUCUCCUGUAGAGCUCCUGCCCCUCAGGUGGCUGUCUCUGUGCUAAAGGAACUCUGAUGUCCCUUCAGAGGACGUGCGUGACGGUACAUCAGAGCCUGACAGUGCACAUGCUAGAUGCUAGGAAUUUGCUGUAAAGGAAUGGUAACGUACAUAUAAGUGGGAUGUUUAUAGUACUGAGAAAAUGUCCUUUUAUAAGAAAUGUGUAAUGAUAGUUUUGAACAUUAAUACAG